GCCAGUGUAGCUCUCUCAGCCUGAGAUGCAAAGAGUUGAGCAGAAGCUCACAGCCGGCUUCCUCACUGUGUAAGUCCUGGGUGAUCUGCGGGGCCUCAAGCACCUUUGAGACACCAAGAACACACAAAAUCUUUGGAGGCCCUUCCACUGAGAGCCAGGCUGCAGACAGAUGCCAACAACUGACCCCUUCUGCCUUUCCCUUGACUCAGGCUGUUGCUAGCAGCUGGUGCUCCAUCCUGAGAAUUCAUGACCAUGGAGAGUCUACCCAAAGUCCUGGAGGUUGAUGAGAAGUCCCCAGAAUCUAAGGACUUGCUGCCCAGCCAGACUGCCAGCUCACUGUGCAUCAGCUCCAGGAGUGAGUCAGUCUGGACCACCACACCCAAGAGCAACUGGGAGAUCUACCGUAAGCCCAUCAUCACCAUGUCAGUGGGCAGCGCCAUCCUGCUCUUCGGUGUGGCCAUCACCUGCCUGGCCUACAUCUUGGAACUGGAGAAUAAGAUCUUCGCGAUCCUCAAGAUGAUAGGGCCAGCCUUCCUGUCCCUGGGACUCAUGAUGCUGGUGUGCGGCCUGGUGUGGGUGCCCAUCAUCAAGAAGAAACAGAAGCAGAGGCAGAAGUCGAGUUUCUUCCAGAGUCUCAAGUUCUUCGUCAUGAAUUGCUGCUGACAGCUGUUUGCCCGUCACCUAUCACCUUGACCAGAAGAGAUGAUGACCAACAUCCAACCUUCCCACCUCCUCCGUGGGAUUCCGUAAAACUGACCCAGGCCAACCCUCUUCCUGGCCCUGGGAAAAGCCAGUGCUCAGGAUGCCUUCCUCCAGGGAAAAGCCAGUGCUGCUGGAUGAAUCUCACAUGCCCUCUCACUGUCAACCCAAGCUUCUCUUAGAUCCACAGCCAUGGUCAUCCCCUCCCGUUGCUCUCCACUUCUGCCUUCAGGCAUCUAACUCCUGGCCAAGUGCAGUGCAUGCUGGGAAAUUCCUUGGGGAUAAGCCGUGGCUGGAGGGGAGCCUUGUGUUUACACAUCUGAGUACCUGAGCUGGAUUCCACGUUUGCAUCCUUCUGGAACCAGAGCUGACGGACAAUGCUCCUUCACAGAGAAGGAACAGAAGCCUGAGGCCUGACCAGUCAGGUUUGACAAGUCCUUAGCGGGU